AUGAUUUUCUCGCUGGAUGAAGAAAUUCAUCGUAUGUCAUUAGACGACAAAAAGAAUGACAUUAAAGUAGAUUAUUCCUCAGCAGUAUACGAUGACAUUAAUCAUGAACAAGGCAGUGCCAUCACAUAUGAGGAUAAUAUGAACUAUCUCUCCGUUCAUUCAAAUGCCAUUCCACUCAAUGGAACGAGUCCUGCACAUAGGAUGAGAAGGAGGUCUUCAGCUUAUUCCAAAUUUCCUAUUCUCACUCCACCUAAUACGAGAAGAUUCUCUAUCACAGGUUCGGACGCUAUGUCAGCUAGCAUGAAUAGACUAUCCAUAACACCUCAGGAUAUCGUUUCCUCUAAUAUCGGAGAAAAUGAAUUGUCAAGAAACCUGCAUGAUUUUAAGCCCGUGAGAGUGUUAGGUCAAGGCGCUUACGGUAAAGUUCUUCUCGUUAAGGACAUUAAUACAUCCAAACUGUAUGCUAUGAAGCAAUUACGGAAAGCAGAAAUCUUAAUUUCUUCAACAGCAACAGAUUCUAAGAAAGAAGAUGAAGAAAACGAUAGUGGUAAUAAAAACGAUAACGAUAAUGGAUUAUCAAAGAGGCUAGAAAGAACAUUUGCUGAAAGGUCCAUUUUAUCCGAAAUAGAACAUCCAAACAUUGUCAAGUUAUUUUAUUCUUUCCAUGAUAACUCAAAAUUAUAUUUACUGCUACAAUAUAUCCCUGGUGGUGAAUUAUUUUACCAUUUGAAAGAACACGGAACCCUAGACGAGACGACAGUUUCGUUUUACGCAGCCGAAAUCAGUUGUGCCUUAAGAUUUUUGCACACAAAAGGUGUUGUAUACAGAGAUUUGAAACCUGAAAACUGUCUAUUGAAUCAACGUGGUCAUUUGGUAUUAACAGAUUUUGGUCUGAGUAAGAAAAGUGCUAAUGACUCUGUGGUUGAUGAGGAGGAUCCAGAAAAUGUCAAUGCCCUGUACUCGAUCAUUGGUACACCAGAAUACUGUGCGCCUGAAAUAUUAUUAGGUAAAGCGUACAGUCAGAAUUGUGACUGGUAUUCUCUAGGAUGCCUACUUUAUGAUAUGUUAGUAGGUAAGCCUCCAUAUACUGGUAGCAACCAUAAGGUGAUUAUUAAUAAGAUCCAACAGAAUAAACAAGGCCCUAAAAUUCCGUUCUAUUUGAGUGAGGGAAUGAAAGAUAUAUUGAACGCACUGUUGAAAAAGGAAACUGCAAAAAGGUGGAAUGUUGACAAAUACUGGGCCAAAACAGGGGCAACUAAUAAAACCACCAAGUCUAAGAAGAAGAAAUCAGGGGCCGCAAGAACUAGUCUUUUUACAGAGCAUUUUAUCUUCAGGAAAAUAGACUGGAAGUUAUUAGAAGCUGGACAACUGCAAAAAACCACCCUAGGCCCCAUUGUUCCAGUCAUUACAGAUUUAGAGCUAGCAGAAAAUUUUGACACAGAAUUUACUUCCAUGUCAUAUGAGGAAAACUAUACAGAUAGCAAGCCAAUUAAUAUCAGUUCGAUGAGCAAAUCUCCGGAUAUGUUCAAGGGGUUUAGUUAUAAAGCAAGUGGUAGUUAUUUGGAGAAGUACUUUUAA